AUGGCUAAACUGAAAGCUCAGCUGAAAGAUCUGUUGGGUAAGCACUUCAUUCAACCAAGUAUUUCUCCGUGGGGAGCGCUAGUGUUACUGGUAAAGAAGAAGGACGAGAGUAUGCGCUUGUGUGUCGAUUAUCGGCAAUUGAAUAAGAUCACUGUGAAGAAUAAAUAUUCGCUACCUAGAAUCGAUGACCUAAUGGAUCAGUUACAUGGUGCCGGUGUAUUUUCUAAGAUUGAUUUGCGAUCCGGGUAUCAUCAGAUAAUGGUUAGAGAUGAAAAAUGUUUCUAUGCAGCUUGGAUGAUGCUACGGGAAGAAGAGCUAUUAAAGGCAUUUCAAGGUUUAAACCUGGGAGUUAGGGAAGAAUCUGGAAUUCUAUGUUUGAGUCAGUUGCAAAUUUCAAGUAAUUUUAAAUCAGAACUUCUGAAGGCUCAUCAAGAUGGUGAAGCAUUACCUAAGAGAUCCUCGUUUCACAUCAAGGUUCUGGGGAGCCUUUCAGUGUGCAUUUGGGACUCAGUUGAGUUUGAGUACUACAUAUCACCCUUAGAUAGAUGGUCAAUUAGAGAGAACUAUCCAGACCUUGGAGGAUAUACUAAGGGCUUGUGUUCUGGACCAGCUGGCAAGCUGGGAUCGAUAAAGAAGAUUCGUAGCCGAAUGCUUAUAGCACAAAGCCAUCGAAAGAGCUAUGCUAAUCAAAGGCAAAAACCUUUGGAAUUUGAAGAAGAAGAGCAUGUCUUUCUGAAGGUUACACCAACUACUGGAAUGGGAAGAGCUAUUAAGACUAAGAAACUGAAUCCCCGUUAUAUUGGACCAUUUGAGAUCCUAAAAAGAAUUGGGCCGGUGGCUUAUAGGAUUGCCUUACCACCAUAUCUUUCGAACUUGCACGACGUGUUUUAUGUGUCACAGCUUCGAAAGUAUACUCCUGACGCAAGUCAUAUCCUGGAACCGGAACCGAUCCAAAUGAGAGAAGAUCUAACACUUCCGGUAAUUUCGGUGAGAAUUGAUAACACCAGCAUUAAACGAUUAUGUGGGAAGGAAGUAUCACUGGUAAAGGUAGCUUGGAGUCGAGCUGGUAUUGAGGAACACACUUGGGAACUCGAAUUAAAUAUGCAGAAAGACUACCCACAUCUCUUUUCAGGUAACUAA